AUGCAAAACUAUGUGUGCUUCAUUGUGAGGGCCACGAGAAAAUUUGGAAAUGUAGCCUUAUUUGCUUUUAAGAAUGCAAAGGACUAUGUUCUCAUGGAAGAGCACAUCACCGCGGACCUUACACUAAGUUGUGCGAACCCGCGCGCGAAAUUCAAAAUUACGCCCGCACAGGAAAUGGAAGAAAGGCUCAUUGUCGAUCUUCUUAUCCCUGCGUAUCAAUGUCAGCUAGCAAGUAACUAUAAUUCCAGGAGCAAUCGCAAAACAAAGAGUGCUAUUCCACACCGACCAGUAAGGAUGCGGACGCGUUCAAAUCCCGAGGAGGGAGCUCCUUUUCAGAAAGUAUUCAAGCAGUGA